AUGCAAGUUCCGAGGAGUAAGACAAAGGACCUGGGGCAAAUGGUUUGUAGAAAUCCGAAAGCCAAAUGGGAGAAUAGGCUUUGGCUAGGUACUUUUACAAACUCCGUGGAAGGUGCCCGUGCUUAUGAUGAAGUUGCGAGGAUUCUGUACGUCUCUCGUGCUCGCCUCAACUUUCCAAUAGGGUUGGAUUCAACGACUACAUCAAACUACUCUGAAAUACCCUUGAGGAAUGAGGAUGGAGAAAGCAUUGUUACAUCUUCUGCCCAGGACAUCACGUGUGUUUCUCCUAAUGUGAUGAUUGAGGAAGGGGAAGGUGAAUUGAGAGCUGAUUUUCAGCAUUCUGUAGUUGCUGAAACUAACAUGCCCACAAUUAAGGAGGAUCUUCCUAUGAUGGAUAAGGAUGAACUGUUUGAUUUGGAUAGCAUUCCAGAGCUUUUCAAUGAUGAUUUCUUUAAAGACAAAGGAUCAUUUUUUGACAAUAUUGGUCAAUUGGGGUGUCUUGAUGUUGAUCAAUGUGGGAAGCCAUCAUCAGAUCUUACACAGAGUUGGCACCUUCCGGCGUUAGUUAAUGGAGUAUAA